AUGCCCUUCGACGACACUCUCGGAAUGCAGAUCGCCUUGGAAGAGGCUCAAAGAAGCUUUGAGACCGGCGGAGUUCCCAUCGGAGGUGCUCUUAUUCAUGAGGAUGGCACCAUUUUGAGCAGGGGCCACAACCAGAGGUUCCAGAAAGAUUCUGCCACAUUGCACGGAGAAAUAGACACCUUAGAGAAAGCCGGUCGUUUACCUGGUAGCGUCUACAAGAAAUGCACCAUGUAUACGACGUUGUCGCCGUGUGAUAUGUGCUCCGGAGCGUGUAUUUUAUACGGGGUGAAGAGAGUUGUCAUUGGCGAGAACGAGAACUUUGUUGGUGCCGAAGAGUUGCUUCGUCUGAAGGGCAUCGAGGUUGUCGUGAUGGACGACUCCAAGUGCAAAGAGUUGAUGAAACGCUUCAUCACCGAACGCCCUUCUGACUGGAACGAAGACAUUGGGGUGUGA